AGAAGCAUAGACACAAGCCUGCAUCUGAGCGCAUAACACCAGCUUCUGUCAUAACAACAAACAACACAGAAACGUAUACAUUUUUUUUUUUAUAAACACUUUUAAACCCGGAGGUUAAACAUCGUGGAGGAUUUUUUCGAAAAGUUGCAUGUGCACAGUCCUAGUAGGCUUCUCGACCUGGAAAGAAGGUAUGGGAUACCCGGGCAGAGCAGUGAGCGGAUGGAAAGGAUGGACGCUCCUGGUUUGGGUCGCCGCUGCCAGCUUGGUUCUUGCAGACGGACGGAGAGUGAGACCGCCCAGAUGCCCCGUUGGAUGUACCUGCACCAAAGACAAUGCCCUGUGUGAGAAUGUCCGAUCCGUGCCUCACACUUUCCCAUCCGACGUCGUUUCACUAUCGUUUGUCAAGUCUGGAUUUAAUGAAAUCGUUGGUGGAAGCUUUGUUCACACGCCGGCCCUGCAACUGCUAUUGUUCACAGCAAAUUCAUUUGACUUAAUUGAUGAGGAUGCGUUCCUGGGUUUACCACAUCUUGAAUAUCUAUUUAUUGAAAAUAACAAAAUCGCAUCGAUAUCUCCAUAUGCUUUUCGGGGCCUGAAAGCACUGAUACAUCUGAGUCUGGCUUACAACAACCUUGAGACAUUGCCCAAAGAUGUCUUCAAGGGAAUGGAUGCUUUGACCAAAGUGGAUCUACGUGGCAACAACCUGAUAUGCGACUGCAAGCUUAAGUGGUUGGUGGAAUGGAUGCAUUACACUAAUGCCACCCUGGACCAGAUCUACUGCAGCGGUCCACCCAUUUACCAGGGGAAGAAGAUCAAUGACUUGCUGCCACACUCUUUCGACUGCAUCACAGCAGAGUUUGCCUCCUAUCAGUCACUGAAGUUUGAGUCCAUUUCGGUGGGGGCCUUCACCUUUGGCGAGGAUCAGUAUGUUGUGUUUGCACAACCGUUUGCUGGGACGUGCAGCUUCCUGGAAUGGGAUCACGUUGAGAUGACCUUCAGGACUUACGACACCAUUGAAAGCACCUCCACUGUGGUCUGCAAGCCCAUGGUGAUCGACAACCACCUUUUCGUCAUCGUGGCCCAGCUGUUCGGGGGCUCGCACAUUUACAAACGCGACCCCUCUGCCCACAAGUUCAUCAAGAUCCAGGACAUAGACAUCCUGAAGAUUCGCAAACCUAACGACAUCGAGACAUUCAUGAUCGAUGGAGAGUCUUUCUUUGUCAUCGCUGACAGCUCCAAGGCCGGCUCCACAACAGUGUACAAAUGGAAUGGCAACGGCUUCUACUCCCACCAGUCACUCCACCCGUGGUUCCGAGACACGGACGUAGAAUAUUUGGAGAUCUCCAACAAACCCCACCUGAUCUUGUCCAGCAGCUCCCAGAGGCCCGUUGUCUACCAGUGGAACAGGAACCAGAAACAGUUUGACCGUAGGACCGACAUACCAGAGAUGGAGGACGUCUUCUCUGUCAAACACUUCCGGGUCAAAGGUGAGCUGUUUAUAUGCUUGACAAGAUUCAUCGGGGACUCCAAGGUGAUGCGCUGGGACGGUGCCAUGUUCAAAGAGGUCCAGACAUUUCCUUCCCGUGGCUCCAUGGUGUUCCAGCCUGUUUCCAUCGGCAACUGGCAGUAUGCCAUCUUGGGCAGCGAUUAUUCACUGACGCAGGUCUACCAAUGGGACACCGAGAGGGGCCAGUUUGUCCCAUCUCAGGAGCUGAAUAUCCAGGCGCCUCGAGCAUUUUCUAUGGUUUCCAUUGACGACCGGGUGUUCCUGCUCGCAUCCAGCUUCAAGGGAAAAACUCAGAUCUAUGAGCACCUUAUGAUCGACUUGAGUACUUAAACCCCUUGUUGUAUUUGGGACAAAUUGGGUUCACUGCCAUUUGAAUGCUUUCUUCUGUGAUUGUGUUGAACGUGUCUGUCCCAUUAGAAUUCACCAGCAAUUCCCAGCUAAGUUUAAACAAAAGCAACGUUUCAAGGGUCUGAACUGUAUUUCAAAUACAGUUCAGACCCUUUAAAUUGAGAUUAAGUGCUUGACAUUUGUUAUGAGUUUAUGUUAAGACCUGACACCAUUUCCAUUACAUUGGA